AGCACUGGCGCAGGACACGCAGUCCUGGUUAUUCUGUUCCGCCUCCUGCAGCUCAGUUUAGCUACAUUUAAAGUGUUUCAACCGUGUUCGUUUGCGUAUCAGCCUGGAGGCUUGUGAGCAUCAUGGAUUUUGGACAGCUCGUCUGCGGCGAUGUUGCAGCAUCAUUAUGCGUCCUGCGGUCAGACCUCUGCUCAUAGCCAUAUGAAGACUCUCGGAUUAUAAGCGUAACGUGCUUUCUGGAAAAAAAACGAGACGGAACAGGGAGGGAGACACUAUCGACCCAAAUGCAGGUAUCCCAGUGUAAAAUGGAGGAUAGUUUUGAUUGCGACUGCGGUGAGCUGGAGCCGCCUGAUCAUUGAGAAGGAAUUGUCUCGCUGAGAUCAUCAACCCUUUUGGGUUUCAAACCGGAAACGGAAAAAAAAAAAGUAGAUUUACCACCAUUUACUUGGACCGUUAGUAAUGCUGCUGCUCAGGGCCAGUCAAACACUGAAAAUUUCUGCACUGUGAUGAUGGUUUUAUAAGUAGUGACUUUAAUUAUUUCAGUUACGUUCAGAGAUAUUUGAUUGGCCUCCAAAUUCAUUCCAUUUCGCCCAAUUAAACAUUGAAGUAAAAAGAAAAAUCUCCCAGAAGCUACGUAAAAAGCUGCUGAAAGCGUCGUGGAUGAUGACAACAUAUCUGGGCGACAUAUCCGAAUCAGAUCCAAGCCUCUCUCAGAAUACGCUGUAACAGUCCUUCGGGGAAAACGUUCGAGUCUUGAGUGUUUGUCUCAUUUUUUUUCUGUUGUUAACUUAGGUUUGCCUUUCUCAAUCAGCUCUAGUUAGCUCAAAAUCGCCUGCAUAUCAGUUAAAUCAGAAAUCCUUCCUGCUACAAUAUCUGCUGCUCUCCUAGUCCGUAAAAUGGCAGAGAAGUUCGAAAGCCUUAUGAACAUUCACGGCUUUGAUCUGGGCCCUCGCUACAUGGACCUAAAGCCUCUGGGCUACGGGGGCAACGGACUGGUCUUUUCCGCCGUCGACACCGAUUGUGACAAGAGGGUCGCCGUGAAAAAGAUCGUCUUAACCGACCCUCAGAGCGUCAAACACGCGCUGCGCGAAAUCAAGAUCAUCCGCAGGCUCGAUCACGACAACAUCGUGAAGGUGUUCGAAACGCUUGGGCCCAGUGGCCGGAGGCUCACGGAAGAUGUGAGCUCUCUGACCGAGGUGAACUCCGUGUACAUCGUACAGGAGUACAUGGAAACCGACCUCUGUAAAGUACUGGAACAGGGCUUGUUGUCCGAGGAUCACGCACGGCUGUUCAUGUACCAACUGCUGCGAGGACUCAAAUACAUCCACUCGGCAAACGUGCUUCACCGAGACCUGAAGCCUGCCAACCUCUUCGUCAACACUGAGGACUUGGUACUGAAAAUCGGGGACUUUGGACUCGCCCGCAUCAUGGACCCCCACUAUUCCCAUAAGGGACAUCUGUCUGAGGGACUGGUCACUAAAUGGUAUCGUUCUCCUCGUCUGCUCCUUUCCCCAAAUAACUACACCAAAGCCAUUGACAUGUGGGCCGCUGGGUGCAUCUUUGCUGAAAUGCUCACUGGAAAAACACUCUUUGCAGGAGCUCAUGAGCUGGAACAGAUGCAGCUGAUUCUGGAAUCCAUUCCAGUAGUCCAUGAAGAAGACAGACUGGAGCUCCAAAGUGUAAUCCCUGUCUUUAUUAAGAACGACAUGUCAGAACCACACACGCCGCUCGCCAAGUUACUGCCUGGUGUCAGCCCUGAAGCCUUGGAUUUCCUGGAGAAAAUCCUGACGUUUAACCCCAUGGACCGUCUUACAGCGGAAGAGGCUCUUGCUCACCCAUACAUGAGCGAUUACUCAUUCCCUUUGGACGAACCAGUGUCCCUGCACCCCUUCCACAUUGAGGAUGAGGUGGAUGACAUCUUGCUCAUGGAUGAGAGUCACAGUCACAUCUACAACUGGGACCGGUACCAUGAAAGUCAGUUUUCUGAUCAAGACUGGCAUCUGCACAGCACCCACGAACUGGAAGACGUGCAGCGUGAUCCUCGAGCCAUGUCGGACGUCACAGAUGAGGAGGAGGUCCAGAUCGAUCCAAGGAAAUACAUGGAUGGGGACUGUGAGAAGUUCCUAGAGGAUCCGUCAUUCGACCUCCCGCCAGAGCGCUCGUGGCAGCAGGAAGACCACCACGAGAACAAGUACUGCGACCAGGAGUGCAGCUACACUUGCAACUACAAAGCUGUGUCCCCAUCCUACCUGGACAAUUUGAUCUGGAGGGACAGUGAGGUGAACCACUACUAUGAGCCCAAACUCAUCAUUGACCUGUCCAACUGGAAGGAGCAGCAGAGCAAAGAGAAGAUCGACAAGAAAGGCAAGACCAAGUGCGAGAAGAACGGACUGGUCAAGGCGCAGAUCGCCCUGCAGGAGGCGUCUCAGAACCACUGCGUGGCUGAGAAGGAUCGCGAGCAGGAGAAACACCAGAACCACAACCAGGGCUUCGACUUCGACUCGUUUAUCGCCAGCACCAUCAAAAUGAGCCUUCAGCCAGAAUCGGGCGACGUCGACCUCCUGAACGAGCUAAACACCUCCGUUUCCCAGCUGGACGCCCGCGCCCCUUGCGGCUCCAUGUCCAAGUCCAUCAGUCAAGAGAAGGAAGAGAAGUGUCUGGUCAACCUGGCGCAGCUCGGCGUCCGAGCGCCCUGUCCUUGGGAGAGUUUCACGGACAGCGACGCUACCGAGAGCAGCCUGAUCGACGAGGCUUGCUGGGACGUCCGCAAAGACGAGCAGCUCCAGAAGGAAAACAGCAGCUGCCAGAGCAGCUACUUGGACCGCCUCUUCAACAAGCGCGAGGAGGCGGAGUCCGAGAUCCCCGAACCCGUCGACGAGUCGGCGCCGGAGGAUGACUUCAUAUCCUGCGGCGGCGAGAUCGUCUUUAACAUGCAGCUGGAGUCUCUGGCCAUUCCGAGAUUCGAGGGAGCGGCUGACAUUCCCCUGAAGUCCAUCCAGGCCACGUUAACGCCCUCUGCUGUGAAACGCUCCCCGCAAAUCGCCCAUAAAACCUACAGCAGCAUUUUAAAGCAUUUGAAUUAAAGCAUCCACCCCGUUCAAGCAGAGUCCAGCUUAUUUUUUAUAGAGUUCUGUAUUUCUGUACUUGAAUCAUUUUUUAUCUUUUUACAUAUGGUUACUUUUAAGGAAGCUUGUUUCUUUUCUUUCCUUUGUUCUUUUUUUUUAUUUUUUUUUUUUUUUUUUUUUUAAAUCUGUGGAUUAGAUGUAAGUUAAUUCAGUUCGUAAAUUCAUCCAAAGUGCUGGACUGUGUUCCUACACAUGAAAUACAUUUUUGCCCUCUGAUUUUCAGUUUCAACUCUGAUAUUAUAAAUAUAUACAUAUAUGAAAAGAAACUAACGCCAUGACAUUUGCACACAGUGUACUGUAGAUUCAGAAUAUACAUAUUGGGGAAAGACAGAGGAACGACUGUUAAGUAGCGAAAUAGACGGUUUACUCAAGCAAAGGAAUCGAGAAAAAGAGGGUGGGGAAAAUGCACUAACCGUGUGGGAGACGCCUCCACUGACAUCAUAAUGUGACCUUCUGACUGACAGCCAACUGAUAGGACUGACACAAGCAGUGCGUCUUGGCCUUUCUCUUCCUGUUGUUUUUAAUUAAGGCUAAUGUAUUUAUUUGACUUCCUCCACCUCAUUUCCAUUUAAAAGCAAGGCCUUUUGUGAUUUUGUCCAUACUGUAAACUUCCUCAAACGUGAUGCCAGCACAGCAAGCGUUAACCGUAGGUUUGCGACGCGUCGACUGUAGGUUCGUAAAGGCGUUAUCUACCUCAAGGUAACAGCAGAAGGUUCUGUCUCCCAACUGUAGUGCUUUAAAGAAACACUUGCCCUCGCAACGAUGUAGUGCACAGUGAUUUCUAUUUUUCAUUUUGCAUUUGCCAUAGUGAAGUGUUCAGAUCAUUAUUUAUUUUUAGCAGAUGUGAGAUAUUUAUUUUAAGAACAUUGUAAUUUUUCAAUGUGAGGCAUUGGACUUCCAUUCUGGUCUGUUUUGACGCUCUGUGUUUGUUUAGCCGUGAAUGAUCACUCAUCUGUUUGAGUUGUACAGAAAUUCAUGACGUUCUCCCAAGUUUAUCCAUUUGUUUUGUUUUCAUAAGGAUUCACCAUAAGGAUUUUUUUUUUUUUUAAACUUGUAGGUGCUUUGUACGAGUGGAAUAAUACUGCUUUAUGGCAUUUUAUGCGCCUAAAAGUCUUAAUUUUUUUUCCUUUUUUUUUUUUAUAUAUAUAUAUAUAUAUAUAUAUAUAUAUAUAUAUACAUACAUAUUGUUAGGAAUUGUGCAUGGAAGAAAACCAAUGGAAGGUACAUUUAAAAUGAAGUUAAUGGUAAAAGUAAAAUGUAAGUCAUUAAUUUUAUUUUAAUUGUAUGUUUUUAUUAAAAAGAUAUUUUUUCCAAGCGAGCAUGAUUGAAUUAGGCUCAGAUAUAGCAUGUAGAACACUUAAAAGAAUUUUUUUUUUUUUUUUUAUUUUUGCCUUUAAAUGCUGGUUUCAUUCUGUUAUUAUUGGUUCCACUGUAAAAUAACAUCAAUAAAAUGGCCAGCAAAUGUA